CUCUCUCUGUCUCUCUUUCUUUCUCUGUCUCUCUAUCUCUGUCUCUGUCUCAGCUCCAGCAGCCAAGUGAUCAGGAGGUGGAGGACUUCCUCAACCAGCAGGAAUCCUUGUCCUCUGACACCACUCGCAGCAGUUCUGCCAGUAGCCUCUUUCUCAAGGCCAUGGACGGCCGCCAACACAAUCGUAAGAGCUCGUAUGCCCGCUCCCAAACAGGCUCAACCAGUGCCCCCAGUCCAGCCUCAGCCAAAUCGCCCAAUGGCAGCCGUGGCAGCCAGAAGCAGGAUGACCAGACUCUCUCUCUGGAGCUCAAGAACCUGGAUCUCCCUUCCACCAUCGCUGUGUGUCGUCGCUCUUCAGUACGCAGGGGCUCAUCCAGCAGCAUCAAUCCCCCAGACCCCAGCCCAGUCCCCGGCCCAGCCCCGGCCAACCCAGCAAACGACGAUGACCAGUCUCUCUCUCGCCAGGGCAGCCAGAAGCCUGAUGACCAGCCUCUUUCUCGCCAGGGCAGCCAGAAGCAGGAAGACCAGCCUCUCUUUGUGGAGCUGGACAGCACUGUGUGCCACCGCUCCUCAGCCAUCGAAUUCCUCUUAGCCCCCAUCAUUCAGUACCUGAGCCCUGAGCAACUGUCAGAUGAGACUGUUAUACCUGAGGUGGAGACCACCAAUUUCCAUCCAGACACAAGAGACGAGAGCCUACCCAGACACCAGAGCCUGUCUGCCCACUCCCAAAGAAGCUCAUCAAGUGCUGGCAACCCGGAUGACCAGUCUCUCUCUCGCCGGGGCAGCCAGAAGCAAGACGACCAACCUCUCUCUCUGGAGCUGGACCCCCUGGAGCUCCCUUCUACAAGCACUGUGCGUCGCCCCUCCUCGGCUGCCGAGGUCCUCCUAGGUUCCAUCCUCCAGUACCUGAGCUCUGAGCCACCCUCAGACGAGUCCAUUAUACCCGAGGUGGAGACCACCGAGAACCACACAGAAACCAGAGACGAGAGCCCACCCAGGCACAAGAGCCUAUCUGCCCACUCCCGCAAAAGCUCAUCAAGUGCUGGCAACUCGGACAACCAACCUCUCUCUCGCAGGGGCAACCAAAAGCCAGAUAACCAGCCUCUCUCUCUGGAGCUGGACCCCCUAGAGCUUCCUUCUACCAGCACCGCGCGUCGUUCCUCCUCGGCUGCCGAGGUCCUCCUAGGAUCCGUCCUCCAGUACAUUAGCUCUGAGCCAUCCUCAGACGAGCCUGUUGUACCCAAGGUGGAGACCACCGAGAACCACAUUAAAGCCAGAGGCGAGAGCCUACCCAGACGCAAGAGCCUAUCUUCCAGCUCCCACUGGAGCUUGUCCAGUGCCGUUGCACCCGUGCUGGAGACCACUGAGGACCUGAGCCCUGAGCAAGGCUCAGAUGAGGCCAUUAUACUUGAGGUGGAGGGCAUUGAGUACUACUCAGACACAAGAGACAUGAGCCCACCCAGACGCAAGAGCCUGUCUACCCGGUCCCGUCGGAGCUUGUCCAGUGCUGUUGCACCUGAGGUGGAGACAUCUGAGGGCCUGAGACCUGAGGAAGUCUCAGGUGAGGUCAAUGUACUUGAGGUGGAGAGCACUGAGUACUACUCUGAUGCAAGAGACGUGAGCCCAUCCAGACGCAAGAGCCUGUCUGCUGGCUCCAACAGAAGCUCAUCAAGUGCUGUUAACCUGGGUUACCAGUCUCUCUCUCGCCGGGGAAGCCAGAAGCCAUUCAACCAACCUCUCUCUCUGGAGCUGGACCCCCUGGAGCUCCCUUCUACAAGCACUGUGCGUCGCCCCUCCUCGGCUGCCGAGGUCCUCCUAGGUUCCAUCCUCCAGUACCUGAGCUCUGAGCCACCCUCAGACGAGUCCAUUAUACCCGAGGUGGAGACCACCAAGAACCACACAGAAACCAGAGACGAGAGCCCACCCAGGCACAAGAGCCUAUCUGCCCACUCCCGCAAAAGCUCAUCAAGUGCUGGCAACUCGGACAACCAACCCCUCUCUCGCAGGGGCAACCAAAAGCCAGAUAACCAGCCUCUCUCUCUGGAGCUGGACCCCCUAGAGCUUCCUUCUACCAGCACCGUGCAUCGUUCCUCCUCGGCUGCCGAGGUCCUCCUAGGAUCCGUCCUCCAGUACAUUAGCUCUGAGCCAUCCUCAGACGAGCCUGUUGUACCCAAGGUGGAGACCACCGAGAACCACAUUAAAGCCAGAGGCGAGAGCCUACCCAGACGCAAGAGCCUGUCUUCCAGCUCCCACUGGAGCUUGUCCAGUGCCGUUGCACCCGUGCUGGAGACCACUGAGGACCUGAGCCCUGAGCAAGGCUCAGACGAGGCCAUUAUACUUGAGGUGGAGGGCAUUGAGUACUACUCAGACACAAGAGACAUGAGCCCACCCAGACGCAAGAGCCUGUCUACCCGGUCCCGUCGGAGCUCGUCCAGCGCUGUUGCACCCGAGGUGGAGACAUCUGAGGGCCUGAGACCUGAGGAAGUCUCAGGUGAGGUCAAUGCACUUGAGGUGGAGAGCACUGAGUACUACUCAGAUGCAAGAGACGUGAGCCCAUCCAGACGCAAGAGCCUGUCUGCUGGCUCCAACAGAAGCUCAUCAAGUGCUGUUAAUCUGGGUUACCAGUCUCUCUCUCGCCGGGGAAGCCAGAAGCCAUUCAACCAACCUCUCUCUCUGGAGCUGGACCCCCUAGAGCUUCCUUCUACCAGCACCGUGCAUCGCCCCUCCUCGGCUGCCGAGGUCCUACUAGGUUCCAUCCUCCAGUACCUGAGCCCUGAGCAACUGUCAGAUGAGACUGUUAUACCUGAGGUGGAGACCACCAAUUUCCAUCCAGACACAAGAGACGAGAGCCUACCCAGACCCCAGAGCCUGUCUGCCCGCUCCCAAAGAAGCUCAUCAAGUGCUGGCACCCCGGAUGACCAGUCUCUCUCUCGCCGGGGCAGCCAGAAGCAAGACGACCAACCUCUCUUUCUGGAGCUGGACCCCCUGGAGCUCCCUUCUACAAGCACUGUGCGUCGCCCCUCCUCGGCUGCCGAGGUCCUCCUAGGUUCCAUCCUCCAGUACCUGAGCUCUGAGCCACCCUCAGACGAGUCCAUUAUACCCGAGGUGGAGACCACCGAGAACCACACAGAAAUCAGAGACGAGAGCCCACCCAGACACAAGAGCCUAUCUACCCACUCCCGCAAAAGCUCAUCAAGUGCUGGCAACUCGGAUGACCAGCUCCUCUCACGCCGUGGCAGCCAGAAGCCUGACGACCAACCUCUCUCUCGCCGGGGCAACCAGAUGUCAGAUGACCAGCCUCUCUCUCUUGAGCUGGAACCCCUAGAGCUUCCUUCUACCAGCACCGUGCGUCGCUCCUCCUCGGCUGCCGAGGUCCUCCUAGGUUCCGUCCUCCAGUACAUUAACUCUGAGCCAUCCUCAGACGAGCCCUUUGUACCCAAGGUGGAGACCACCGAGAACCACAUAAAAGCCAGAGUCGAUAGCCUACCCAGACUCAACGGCCUUUCUUCCAGCUCCCACUUGAGCUUGUCCAGUGCCGUUGCAACCGUGGUGGAGAUCACUGAGGACCUGAGCCCUGAGCAAGGCUCAGAUGAGGCCGUUGCACUUGAGGUUGAGAGCAUUGAGUACUACUCAGACACAAGAGACAUGAGCCCACCAAGAUGCAAGAGCCUGUCUGCCCGGUCCCGUCGGAGCUCGUCCAGUGUGGUUGCAACCGAGGUGGAGAGCACUGAGUACUACUCAGACGCAAGAGACGAGAGCCCAUCCAGACGGAAGAGCCUGUCUGCCCACUCCCGCAGAAGCUCAUCAAAUGCUGGCAACCCGGAUGACCAGCCUCUCUCUAACCGGGGCAGCCAGAAGCCAGAUGACCAGCCUCUCUCUUGCUGGGGCAGCCAGAAGCCAGACGACCAGCCUCUCUCUCUGGAGCUGGACCCCCUAGAGCUUCCUUCUACCAGCACCGUGCGUCGCCCCUCCUCGGCUGCCGACGUCCUCCUAGGUUCCAUCCUCCAGUACAUUAGCUCUGAGCCACCCUUAGAGGAGCCUGUUGUACCCGAGGUGGACAACACCGAGAACACAGAAGUCAGAGACGAGAGCCCACCCAGAUGCAAGAGCCUGUCUGUCCGCUCUCGCAGAAGCUCAUCAAGUGCUGGCAACCCAUCAGAUGUCUGCCAGGGCAGCCAGAUGAGGAAUGACCAGCCUCUCUCUGUGGAGUUUGACAUCCUGGACAUCUCUUCUACCAGUGCUUUGCGCCGCCGAUCCUUGGCUCCCGAGGUCCUCCUUGGCCCCAUCCUCCAGUACCUGAGCUCUGAGCCACCCUCAGACGAGACCAUUAUACCCAAGGUGGAGACCACCGAGAACCAAACAGAAGCCAGAGACGAGAGCCCACCAAGACACAAGAGCCUGUUUGCUCGCUCCCGCUGGAGCUCGUACAGUGCCUCUGCACCCGAGGUGGAGACCACUGAGGACCAGAAUCCUGAGAAAGUCUCAGAUGAGGCCGUUGCACUCGAGGGGGAGAGCACUGAGUACUACUCAGAUGCAAGAGACGUGAGCCCAUCCAGAAGCAACAGCCUGUCUGCUGGCUCCCACAGAAGCUCAUCAAGUGCUGGUAAUCUGGAUGUCCAGCCCCUCUCUCGCCGGGGCAGCCAGAUGCCAGACGACCAACCUCUCUCUCGCCGGGGCAGCCAGAAGCCAGAUGACCAGCCUCUCUCUCGCUGGGGCAGCCAGAAGCCAGACGACCAGCCUCUCUCUCUGGAGCUGGACCCCCUAGAGCUUCCUUCUACCAGAACCGUGCGUCGCCCCUCCUCGGCUGCCGAGGUCCUCCUAGGUUCCAUCCUCCAGUACAUUAGCUCUGAGCCACCCUUAGAGGAGCCUGUUGUACCCGAGGUGGACAACACCGAGAACACAGAAGUCAGAGACGAGAGCCUGUCUGUCCGCUCUCGCAGAAGCUCAUCAAGUGCUGGCAACCCAUCCAACGUCCGCCAGGGCAGCCAGAUGAGGAAUGACCAGCCUCUCUCUGUGGAGUUCGACAUCCUGGACAUCUCUUCUACCAGUGCUUUGCGUCGCCGAUCCUUGGCGGCCGAGGUCCUCCUUGGCCCCAUCCUCCAGUACCUGAGCUCUGAACCAUCCUCAGACGAGACCGUAAUACCCGAGGUGGAGACCACAGAGAAGAAUGCACAGUUAAGAGAUGAGAGCCCACCCAGACGCCAGAGCUUGUCUCCCCGCUCCCGCAGGAGCUCGUCCAGUGCUGUUGUGCCUGAGGUGGAGACCACUGAGUAUUGCUCUGACGAAGGAGAUGGCAGUCCACUCAGACGCAAAAGCCUGUCAAUCCGCUCCCGCAGGAGCUCAUCCAGUGGAGGCAAUGCCCCAUCACCCCGGCUAACCCCGGACAACACACACAAUGGCCUCCAGGGCAGCCAGAUGCAGGACAACCUGGAGGAGUUGGACACCAGCGCUGUGCGUCGCCGCUCCUGGGCUGUCGAGGUCCUCCUAGACCCCAUUCUGCAGUAUCUGAACCCUGGGCACUCAGAAAAGGCCGAUAUAGAAGAGUCCGAAAUACCCGCGGUGGAGGCCACAGAGCACUAAGAAGUCACCAGUGUCCUAGAAAUGGCCCCCUUUGAAGGCCCAGGUGUAAGACUUAUUAGUUGAUUUUAGUUUGUGGGUACACAUAGGAGGACCAUAGUUCAGCAGACAUAAUCUGUGUUUAAUCCAUUGUAAUACAAAAUGUGUCAAUGUUUGUGACUGAAAGAUUCAGGUGCUCUACUUCAUGUACAGACGCCAACCCAAAUUUGUUUUGGUUUCCUAACUGAGCAUCAUGUGACAUUAUACACCUUGUAUCCCAUUAUAUAUUAGACCUAACUAUUUUAUAUGACGUGCUAACCUGAUGUCGCAUUCUGCUUUCUCUUUCCCAAAGUAGCCGUGAGAAACAAAGCUUGUCAUGAUUAAAGGUAAAGUCUUGAUUGAUUGGCCUAAAUAUGGAUGAUGGAAGGAAAUUGAAUGUGUUGAGGAAUGAGCAUCGAAUAGACAGUAGAAAAUGUCUUUAUUACAAUGUCA